UCCAUAGUAACGCGCCGUUGCGGAGGCUGAGCGGCGGGACACGGGGGCACCUGUGGCGGACACGCGGAUUACUUUCUAGAAACUCCUCAAUCUCUUUUUGUUUUUUUGUUUUGUUUACAGCUUCAAAAUCCGUGGAAAUGUUCAACAGUAAUUUCAGGGACUUUGAUGAAGACCCGUUCUUCUCGGAUCCGUUCCGGGCACACAGGGAACACAUGCGGCAGAUGAUGCGUAGCUUCUCGGAGCCCUUUGGCGGGCCCUCGAUGCCCAGUAUAAUGGACGGGAGAGGCCGUGGUCACGACAUGGCCGAGCACCCCGGCUCGUCAGUGGCACUGAGGGACGAACACAGGGAUUUGAGCCGGUCACUGUUGCCCUUCGGCAGUACCGACAGCACGGACAUGAUGAGGAACCCGUUCGGCAUGUUCGACAACGUGAUGGCCAACAUGCGAAACAGAAUGCAGGACAUGAACCGAAACUUUGAGAACAUGUCCACAGAUUCAAACACCCACUCGUUCAGCUCCUCAUCAGUCAUGACAUAUUCAAAGGUUGGGAAUGAGCCUCCCAAGGUCUUCCAGGCAAGCUCGUCGACGCGCCGUGCCCCUGGAGGGAUCAAAGAGAUCCGGCGAGCAGUUAAAGACUCCGACAGCGGUCUGGAGAAGAUGUCAAUCGGUCACCACAUCGAGGACAGGGGACAUGUUGUCGAAAAGAAAUUCAACAAGAAAACCGGAGAGAAAGAGUUCAACCAGGACUUUCAGAACUUGGAUGAAUCUGAAGCACAGACCUUUGACGAUGAGUGGCAGCAGGAGUUGUCCAAGUUCAAACCAUCUGGCCCCCUCUCUCGCCUGGAGGAAGCCCGACCCCGAGCCGUCCGCCGGGAGGCCCUCGCCGGCCCCGAGCCGGCCCACAGAGACCAAUCAAAGGGCAAGGCUGAGGGGAAAAGCAACAUGAAGGGCUCAGACUCGACAAGGCCGUGAAACCACCUGCCCCCCACCACCACCACCACACACACACACACACACACACACACACACACACCCUGGGUUCAUCAACAAGCGGACAGAAUCAAAAGCCACUGACCGAGAUUUUGAAAUAUAUGAGAGACUAGACAUUUUACAUCACUGCUGCCCAUCUGCCAAUUCGUCUUGCACAAUAUGAAAAUCCACUCGCCGAGAACCUGCUGGAGGUGUCUGCCCCAUUACCACCGGACUUUUCUUUUUUUUUCAGGGAGCAGAUUACUCCUAUCUCAGUGUUCAUAUUUUGAAUCUUAUUAUACAGAUAACACUUGAGUUGAAAAAUGUAUCGAUAGCAGGACACUUUUAGCGAGGUACUAAAAAAAUCUAAAAUCCUAUACGCUUUAGAGAAUGGUUGGCAGGAGCAUUAAGUACACGUGACGUGUGUUGGCCGUAGCACAUGCUAAACCAGUGGUGUAAAACUAUAACAACAUUUAUGUUCUCAUACAUAGGCAAACCUUACAUCAAUAAACAUUAUCAGUCAAACAGUAAUUCAUUUAUGUCAUUUUCCAUUCAGAUUAAUCACAUUUGCCCCAGGUGUGGCAUUCUGAUGAUGUCAUGUGUUUCUCAUAUUCUGUCAUCUUCCUGUUGCAACAAGACACAAGAUUAGUGAUGUAUUGACUGUUUGAAAUCCACUAAUGCACUUGGACAAUGUCUAAAUUGUCUGUCUGUAAUUAUAUUGUCUUGUGACCGAUGUUCUAGAUAUGUGUAUUUUAUCUGCUGUAACCUUUGUAAAAAGAAAAAUAAUUCUCUUCCCUUUUUAUAUUGUUUCUCUUGUUUUUCAUCUGAUGGAACUGUGCAGCGUGGCACAAACUCUUGACAACGUCUGGAUUAUUUUCAUUAAUUCCAAGCUUUGCUCAACAAGGACUAUCGUCUGAAAAUAAAAGAAAUGUCAAAAUUCAAAGAUUAA